AUGCUUCAUAUUGAAAAAAUUUCAAAAGAAAUAGGACAAUAUUGUCAUACAAGAAAAUGGCAAGAAGGAACAUUGACAAAUAUUAAUACAUUAUUUGGAUCACCUGUAAGGGUACCUGAUGUUAUUGUAUUUACAACAACACUUACUUCUAUUUUGGAAACACAUCCAGCUGUUAUAGAAGCAGCUAAAAUGGCAAUUCCUACAAUAGCUAUUUGUGACUCAAAUUCAGAUCCAAAUUAUAUUACAUAUCCUAUUCCUGGAAAUGAUGAUACAGCAUUUGCUGUUAGAUAUUAUAUGAAACUUUUCCGUGAAGCUGUUAUAAGAGGACAAAAUCAAAGAAAGCUUGAUCAAGAAAAAGGAAAAAAUCUUGAUAAUUUGUUUAUCGUUAUAUCUUGUAGUAGUAAAUGUAUCAAUUUAUAUAUAAUUUAA